AUGCCAGGCUGCCGCAUCAGCGCCUGCGGCCCGGGGGCCCAGGAAGGGACGGCCGAGCCGGGGUCCCCGCCGCCGCCCCGGGAGUCUGUGCCGUCCCCUCAGCCCCCGCCCCCGCCCCCAACUCCGACCUUGACCCCGGUCCAGGCCCCGUCGGAAGCGGUCCCGGAGUCGGCUGGCUCUGCUGAAGGGCAGGAGCUACAGCGAUGGCGCCAGGGAGCUAGCGGAGGGCCUGGGGGUCCCGGGCUGGCAACCGGCGGCGGCGCAACGGGGACCGGGGGUCGCGCGCUGGAGCUGGCCGAGGCGCGGCGGCGGCUGCUGGAAGUGGAGGGUCGCCGGCGCCUGGUGUCGGAGCUGGAGAGCCGCGUCCUGCAGCUGCACCGUGUCUUCCUGGCGGCGGAGCUGCGCCUUGCGCACCGCGCCGAGAGCCUGGGUCGCCUGGGGGGCGGCGUGGCGCAGGCCGAGCUCUACCUGGCGGCGCACGGGCCGCGCCUCAAGAAGGGCCCGCGCCGUGGCCGCCGGGCCCGCCCGCCCGCGCUGCUCGCCUCGGCGCUCGGCCUGGGCGGCUGCGUGCCCUGGGGUGCCGGGCGCCUGCGGCGAGGCCACGGCCCGGAGCCCGACUCACCCUUCCGCCGCAGCCCGCCUCGAGGUCCCGCUUCCCCCCAGCGCUGA